GGGGGACAGUGUCUGUUGUCCUUCGUGUCCUCAGCAGUGAAAGAUGGACCGCUGGAGGGGCAGAGUGGCUCUGGUGACCGGGGCUUCGGCCGGGAUCGGAGCCGCCAUAUCCAAAGAACUGGUCCGGGUCGGGAUGAAGGUGGUGGGCUGCGCCAGGAACGUGGAGAAAAUCCAGAAACUGGCAGCAGAGUGUCGGGCUGCAGGCUACAGCGGCGAGCUGGUUCCUGUCAAGUGUGAUCUGACCAGCGUGGAGGACAUCGAGUCCAUGUUCUCCACCAUCAAAGCUCAGCACGGAGGCGUAGACGUGUGCGUCAACAACGCCGGCCUGGCCCACCCCGAGCCUCUGCUGAGCGGCAAAACCAACGGCUGGAAGAACAUGCUCGACGUGAACGUUCUGGCUCUGAGCAUUUGCACCCGUGAAGCGUACCAGUCCAUGAAGGAAAGAAACAUCGAUGACGGACACAUCAUCAACUUGAACAGUAUCUGUGGUCACACUGUGAUUCCCAGCUCUGAAAUACAUUUCUACACGGCCUCCAAAUACGCGGUGACGGCUCUGACCGAGGGCCUGAGGCAGGAGCUGGGUGAGGCCAACACUCACAUCCGAGCCACGUGCAUUUCUCCGGGUGUUGUGGAGACAGAGUUUGCUCCGCGGCUCUUCAACGGAAACCCAGAGAAAGUUUCAGCUUUAUACUCAAGCUAUAAGCCUCUGGAAGCCAAAGACGUUGCUGACGCUGUCGUCUACGUCCUAAGUGCUCCUCCGCAUGUGCAGAUUGGAGACAUUCAGAUGAGACCGGUGGAGCAACCGAUGUAACUGCACCACGUGACGCCUUGGAUUGAAUGAGCGACUAAUUCUUCCAUAUGAUUUGUUGAACACAUCCAUCAAAGUAACUACUGUAAUCACAAAUUAAAGCCUGAUUUAAAAAUACAA